AUGAACAAAGUACCCGAAAUGUCGUUAUUCAACGAUGGCGUCAGUAUCAAUCUCAACCGCUGUGAGCCGGAGGGACAACGAGCCGAGGAGGAGGAAGAACUAGCGGAUCAAAAACGCCGUAACGAGGAAAUAGGAAAGGAACUUGAAAAGGCCUUUGGGGAUUUUGACGACGAUAACGAUACGCUGAACUCUCUUAACUCUCAGUCGAACUAUACCGACGAUGACGAUGAAAAUGAGGAUGGAAGAAGUAUAAACCAACCACCGGAUCCACCCGUUCCUAAAUCACCCAUGCUGCCUAGUCCUGCGCAACUCUUCGGGUCCGCAACCAUCACAAACGAUUAUGGCCAAGCAGACCGAGAAUUACGAUUGCUACUCGAAUCCAAAGAUCGCGAGCUACAAUGUAUAACGAAGGAACUGUUAGAGAAAAGCCGUACAUACGAACUGCAGCUCAGUGACCUUAAUAAAAAGCUAUGUAUCGAGCAGGCCGAGAAGGAACGUGCAACUAUGACGCGAGAUCAGACCUACGAGCUCUUGGUGCAAAGUAAAACAAAAAUUUCUGAGUUGGAGGACACUAACAAGAGUCUGCGAGUGAAGGUGAGCUCGCUAGAAGAUCAAUCUGUUACUCUUGAACGAGAAGUAGAGAUAAAGAAAACGAUGCUUCAGGAAAGUCUACAUCGCUAUCGCAUGCUCGAGCAAAACACAACCCAAAAGGCAGAUCGUCACGUGGAUGAAUUGAAGAAGCAGAUGGAAGCGAAGGUAACAAUGUUGCAACAGAAGAUCAACAAACUGCGCACCGAUCUAAGCGAUGGGCAGCUGGAAUAUCGGAGGCUAGAGGCUCGCUACACAGAGUUGGAGAAAUCACGACAAGCGCUUUUGAUCGAAAAGUCGGAAACGGUGCAACGGCUGCAAAAUAAGCUAGAGGAUUCCCAACGGCAGUGUGAGAAUUUGCUGUCCAAGAGGAGCCAGGGCGAUUUCGAAUAUGAACGGAUACGACUGAAUAACAAAAUCCGAGUGCUCGAACAGGAACAUUCGGAGAUGCGGAAAAAGAUUGCCGGGCUUACGGGGCGUCUGGAAAACACAAAUGCUGAGCUCGAACUGAUGGAUAGUCUAGUGCACGCACAACAAAAUGGAACAGAUGAAUCCAGUGAGAAAAAAGAGACGAACGUAGACGGAACCGGAUAUGGCUUCAUGCAAUCGAAUCUGAUUGGUAGCACGCCGAACAAUGCGCCGCAUCUGCGUGAUCGUGCCGCAGGGGACGCUAAUGACCGGGUGGUUCGGCUCAAGAAUGAACUAGUCGUUUGCAUGACGGGCCAGAAGGAAAAGCGCGAAGUGAUUCGUCAGUUAGAAACAGAUUUGAAUACAAAAGAUCGUGAACUCGAGCAACUGAAAAAAGAAGAGAGUCACACGCUGGUGCAAAUGAAUCAAUAUAAAGAGGAAGCGUUUCGGUUGUCGUCCAAAUGCCGCAUACUCGAGCGAGAGCUAGAAAAGCUCACUUCGAGCAAUACAAUUACAGCAUCCGAUACUGGGAAAUCCAGCAAUCGUCGAUCGAGCUUCGAUCUACGGCAGGAAGCAUUGGAAGAGAAAAUUUUCACCCUUCAACAGACGAAACUCGAAACAGACGAUCAGAUCGAACAGUUAAAGCGGGAAAAGGAACAGUUAUCGGAGCAAUGCAGGACGCUGAAAGCCGAGCAUGAUAUGUGCACCACACUUAAGUUAGAGGUUGAGAAACAAAAGUUUCUUCUCACCGACGCCCAGAACGAAUGUGACCGAUUGAAACGAUUAUAUAUUCAAGUGAGUGGUACGAAGGACGAACUUGCGCGUGACCUCUCCACUCUAAGAGCGCAAGAUAGUGCGAAGCAAAUUGCUGCCCUGCAGGAGCAGGUUGUUUCGCUUGAACGAGCCCUGCAGUUGGCGGAACUUAAAUCGAGCGAACUAGCCAAGAUGCUAGAUAAAGAGAAAACGAAUCACGAGGAAGUAUUAAAGCAACUAUCUGCUGGUGGGGACGGUAGUGAUCGGCACCAACAUGGUACUCCUGGGCGGGAAGAAAAGAAUUUGGCCAACAACUGCACUAAAUGCAUCGACGGCUUAACGCAGAUCUCGAAGCUCGAAAUUGAGAAUUUAAAAUUGCAAUCGUCAUGUACGUCGCACCUACGAGAGCUUGGUGAGAUGAAAAUUCAGCUGAGCGAUUAUCAAGGAACGAUUGCGGAGCUGCACAAGCGGCUCGAUCUGAAAGCCGAACGGGACCAGCUGAUUGACGAGCUGCAGGAAAAGGCCGCUCAAUUCGAGCACAUUAUUCGUAACAAAAUUUCGAUGAACUCUUCCACCACGACGUGCGAUAGUGCAACGUCGCCGAUGAAGGUUUCUUCGCGCGAUCAGAGCGUUGGCACUGAAGACUCACCUAGCGAUAAUUCGUCUGAGUCUCCCGUCGACGCGGCUAGCGCACGGCGGCAGUUGCGCGAGCAAGAACAGAAAGUUCGUGAAGAAAUGGCUCGUGCGUUUGCGGGCCAAAUCAAGCAGAUCGAGGAACGAUUCCGGACGCAGUUCGGGCACUUUGAAGAGAACAUCGAUACGCUCAAGAGCGAGCUGUAUGAUCGAGUGGCAGAACUGAAGGUGCGCAACCAGGAAGUGGAAGUGCUGAAAUGUGCAAUCGUAACCGAGCGUGAAAAAAUGCGCGAAAUGUUGGGUAAAAAAGACACGGAAGCCCGAGCACUUUUUGACAAACAGUCUGAGCUGAUGAACAAGUACAAGACGGAAUUGGCUAAUGGGCAGAAAAAGGUACAACUUUUGGAGCGCGAACUGCAAGAGAAACGAGAACUGGUGGCCAACGAGCGGCAAUCGAUGGAGAAACUGAUUGCGCAGCUCACUGCCGAGCGGACGAUGUACUGUGAGCGCGAACAGGAGAUGACGGACAACUUUCAGGAGAUCGAAGCAGAAUACCAGAAGAGUCUGGAUUUGGUUACGGAAAAAUAUCAGUCGGCGAAAAAAACUGCGCUCAACUACAAGAAAUAUGCGGAGGACAAGGAGCAGCAUAUGCUGAAGGAAUACGAUCGCAUCAAAGAAGGCUAUAACGCAGCCUUGCAGAAAGUGCAAACACGAAUGAAAGAGACGCUCGAUAAUAAGGAGCAGGACGUGCGAGAGAAGAUGGCAAAGUUAGUGGCAGAAUAUGAAACGAAGAUGAAAUUGGUUAAGCAAAGCAGUUAAUUAUUUAGGGGGUUCCGAUUGUAAAAAAAUCACCCAAGUGAUACGUUUAAUAGAGUAUCACGCGCGAAUGUGUUAAUCAAGCUGACUAGAGAACACUGCCAUAGUCGCCUUUUGUGCUUGCGCCUGAUAAUCCUACGCAAAGCUCUGCCAGUAGAAAUCUAUGACCUUUGUUGUUACUUUUGCGAUGUGCGCUGCUGCCGGGUUGUACUUUUUGAUGCUUUGGUCAUGGAAAGCAUCAGAGAGUUGCAGAUAUACUAGCUCUACUAGGUUAUUUAAAUUAAUAUUUUUAAACGGAAAAAGUAUUGUAUUCAUUACCAAGGGGCUCAGUAGUUUGUUCAUUGGACGCAGUAGAACUGAACAUUCUGCCUUUUGAA